AUGGCAGGUGGUGCUGUCAUCAACGUCUUUAAGUUCAACACGGGCGGUUUGCCCAAGGAGACACUCAACUGGAGGCUAUGGUUCGCUGUCUUCGCGUUUGGUCUCAUGGGCGCCGCCCGAGGUGUCGACGAGGGUCUUAUCACGGGUGUCUUUAACUCUCACGCCUUCAAGCAGUCUGUCGGUAUUGACGACCUCGGAAAGAGUGAGCUCGCUAGUGUCAAGGGUACUAUUUCCUCUAUGGUUCAGCUCGGCAGUGUCGCCGGUGCUUUGUUUGCUUUCGUCGUUUGUGAUCGGAUUGGUCGUGUUUGGGCUACUCGUCAGCUCUGUUGUCUCUGGAUUCUUGGUAUCGCCAUCUUCAUUGGAAACAAUGGCAGCAUGGCUGCUGUCUACGCUGGUCGCUUCGUUGCUGGUGUUGGUAUUGGACAGACCUGUGUCGUUGGUCCCAUCUACCUUUCUGAAAUAUCACCCGCUCCCAUUCGUGGUCUCUGCACUUGUAUGUUUACUGGUGCUGUGUACCUUGGUAUCAUGAUUGCCUACUUUGCCAACUGGGGUACUUCAAUUCACAUGGCGGACUCAUUCAACCGCUGGGCUGUCCCCACUUCGCUACACCUCAUGUUCGCCGGCAUUAUCUUUAUCCUCACCUUCUUCCAACUGGAGUCCCCCCGGUUUUACAUCAAGCAGGGCAAGCGCGAGCAGGCUCUCAAGGUUCUCUGCAAACUUCGUGGCCUACCCGCCACCCACCCGUACGUACUUGAAGAGGUCACCGAAAUGGACUUUGCCUUCCAGGAGGAGAUGGAGGCCACCCGCGGUAUGGGCUGGAAGGGCCUCUUCAAGGAGAUCCUUGGCAUCAAACGCAACGCCUAUCGUCUCUUCCUCACCAACCUUGCCCAGAAUAUGGCUUGCUGGUCUGGUGGAUCCGCCAUUACUGUGUACGCCCCGGAUCUAUUCAAGCUCGUCGGUAUCACUGGCCAAGAGCAAUCUCUAUUCUCGACCGUCGUCUUCGGUGUCGUCAAAUUUGUCGCCGCCAUCAUCUGCGCUCUCUUCCUGGUCGAUAUGGCCGGCCGUAAGCGCUCUCUGAUUAUCGGAAUUGUUCUGCAGUCCAUUGCCAUGUUCUAUAUUGCCAUCUUCCUUAACCUCGUCCCCAUUGCCGAAAACCCCGACUUUGAGCCAACCGAAGGGCAAAACCGUGCCUCGACCGCCGCCAUUGCCUUUAUCUACAUCUCUGGUGUCGGUUGGGCUCUAGGAUGGAACAGCGGUCAGUACCUGUUGUCCUCGGAGCUGUUCCCUCUCCGUAUUCGUGGUAUCUGCUCGUCCAUCACUAUGGCCAUGCACUUUAUCUGCCAGUACGCCGUCAACCGCGCCCUGCCUGAGAUGCUACUCGAGCAUGCACUUGGACCUCAUGGAACUUUCUACUUCUUUGGUGUCGUUUCCGUUAUUGGCGGUGUUUGGGUUUGGCUCUUUGUGCCCGAGGCUGCCGGUCGCAGCCUCGAGACUAUCGACAAGAUGUUUGAUCUUCCCUGGUACAAGAUUGGUCUCUAUGGAAGAAAGUUUGCUGAGGAGUACGAUCGUGAGCAGGAGCGCAUUUAUAGCGAUGAGAAGAAGGAGGCAGGAGUUGUUGUUUCCCACACUGAGACUGCGUAG